GAUAGACGAGUGGGUGUCCUUUGUAUAUGAUUUCGCUGUUGCCAGGUUUCAGCAGAAAUAUACCUUCCAGGAUUUUUGUUUCAAUCGCGUCAUCUUGGUUGAUUUGAAUCUUCUCUGGCAUAAUGAAGGUGCAUAAGAAUCGGUUGAUCUCUGGAACCAAUACCACAUGGUUGUUCCUUAUCUGAAGUUCUGUGUAGACGCAUUGUGUAUUGUUCCCUUGUAAGAUGAUUUCCUUUUCGCAUUGAUUUUGGUGAUUUGAUAGUAACAUUUGCGGACAAUGGUAAUAGGGAUUCUUGCUUAAUAUGACCUUUGCCAUUGAGUGCAGUGACGACCAAAUUGUUUCGGACUGUCUUAAACUCGUAUCUUUCUUACUUGAUAAAACCUUCGAACACAGAAUAUCAUCUGCCUGCAACAUCCCGCUUGUGCUCAACAACAUCUGGAAGGUCUUGAAGGCAAACAAGGGACAAAUUCUUAAUGUAUCAAAUGUAGUUCUGAGCAUCAUGCAGUUCAAGGAAGUCGAGGAUUACUUUUUCCUAAUCACACCAGUCCUUGAAGCAAUUUUAUCAUCCCUUUUGCAAGACAAUGGAGAUCUGCAUAAAACCGAACUCAUCGUUCACUUAUCAUUAUUAGGAAAACACACAAUGAACUUGCUUAUGAAACAAAAUGGCCAAAUAAUGUAUUCAAAUCAAAAUACGGCUAAUAUUUUCAAUACUUGUUUAAUGAUGACUGAAAAAUUUCUUGUCCCUUUUAUACUCAAGACAACGAAUUCAACUGCUUCGGAUGUAAAUAUAACAUUUCUAGUUUUACAAGUGAUACAAAGUGUAUUCUUGUGUGACAAUGAAACGGCCAAGAUUGAUUUCGCCGUUUACUUGCUGCAAAACGGAUUCUUGCAAACGCUGCAAAAUUUUGAAUAUCGCAUGAACUGUUGGCCACAGUGGGAUUGCGCUCGUAGCCUUUUGACCGGCCUCUUGGCGUCUCUGUGCCAGAAAGAGCUUGGAGAUGAAAACUGGUAUGGAUUACUUGCCGACUUAAAGCUCCUGCCUCCCAGAUCUUCCUACACAAAUCUGCCUCUCCGAACAGGCACGCAUCUUGAUUUGUUCGCUAUCAUUUUCAAUUAUUUCAAAUGCAUUCCUGACAAAAAGUAUAUAAGUAACACCCUGAAAUGUUUUUUGUCUAUAUGGGUGGUUUAUUACAUUAAAAAAACUGCCAUUAGACCGAGUGUUGAUGAAAAUUUCCUCUCGAGGGUUUGCAUCUAUAUAAGCCUUUUGAAAGAAACGCCUUCGCCUCCAAUUGUAAAAGCUAUUUGGUUCAUAUUUGCAAUACCAAUUGCUUUUCAGGUUGCGUGUAGAGGUGUAAAAGAUGAGCUCAAUGUGAAAUCAGCAACGAGACAAGUUUUAGAAUUUGUAAAUGUACAUGGUGUAAGGAAAGUUUUCACAAGGCACUCCAUACUUUUGUCGUGGAUAUUCGCAUCACAAGUCGUAAAGAGCGAAAUGAAAGCCACUGCGGUCAAACUGUGGCUUGAAGGGGGCAAAACAGAAGCUAUUAAUGAAUUCAAGGACCUCAAGAUUCAUAAGGAAUUUAUUGUGACAAUUUUGGAAAUUCUCGCUACAAGUGAUGAGACGGCGAGUCUAGUCGAGCAAUUUGUAUAUGCAGAAGGAAACUGCUUCGCCGAAGAUGCUUGGUCACUUCUUCCGAAGCUUAUCUCAUCAUGUGUACCUCAAUCGAAAACCAACAAUUUUUUUAACUUGACCACGCUCUUGCGAUUUUGUACGGUGCACAAGCCAGGGUUCGUCGAGCAGUCCGUGAUUUUGCGAAUAGCCUGCUUACUCCCAGGAGUUAUCGCCUCUCACUAUUUCGACUCAAAUGAGUCGACAGAGUGCAAAUUUAGCAUCGGUUUAUUGUUUUUGUCCAUUAUACUGCAGGAAGGCUUAAGAUUUAAAGAUGAAAGAGUGUUUGUUCAACUUUUGAAUCAUAAGAAAUUCUUGACUUUCAUUGAAUCGAGUUUAUCGUCACAGAACAACGACUUGCUAAUCUCUAUUCUCAAUUUUUUAUACAUAAUUAUUGAAUUUCAAGCGAGGACCAAUAUUGAGAGCUCGAAAGUUAUCGUACUUUUCCCGCAAAACGUACUUAGAUUGGUAUCAAAGGAGACCGAUGUGGCUUCUUUGACGCUGAAGCUCCUUGCCACUUUCUUCACCACCAUUGCAAUACAGGCCAACCUCGUCCUUAAUAUAACUCCGCCGUCAGCUACGCAGCUACGGAUCCUGUACAUACAAAUCCAUAUGCACUGUUCACAGAGCUGCGAAGAGGCUGAACCUUGGAGUUGGAUAUGCCUCCACAGCCUUCUCAAAUAUUCGAAACAGCUCAACCUCCAUCGUCAACUCGCCGACCUGGAGUACACGAACCAACUGCUUAAACUCUGCACCCCUUCGAAACCAUCCUGGGGCCACGUGUUGCAGUUCGUCUCCGUUUGGAUCACGUGCGUACCUACAUUUUCGCAGAAGGCUCUGAAGAUGACCCAAUCCCAGAAAAUGAUUGUGAAGAUCUUCAGGCUCUUUUUGCAAAAAUACACCAUCAACACUGAGGACGAAUCGCUACAAAUUUUCACAGAGGCAUUGGGGAUCUCAUCACUUCCCAAUGAAAUUGAAACCUUACUGAGAUCCAAUUUAAAGAAAUAAUACUGUUUAACGUUGCACAAAGAUUAUCACAUAAGCACACGAUGCGAUUAGAAUGGAGGCUAUCUCUGCCGGCCGGAGCGUUGGGCAAAGCAUCCUUUGAAAGAGUUGAGCCUCACGUCGAU